AUAAGAUAACAUACAUAAUAUACAGCUUUCACGAAUUUGUGAGCAGGCUAACAUCUACGGUCUGUUUUCAUGGCAAACACAACACACAUAGCUAUUAUUGCAAGUCCUGGUUUCGCCCACUUGGUCCCCAUAAUUGAGUUCAGCAAGCAACUUGUGAAGCAUCACCAAAAUUUUCAUGUCACUUGCAUCAUUCCCUCACUUGAUUCACCCCCAGAAUCAUCCAAAGCUUACCUUAAAGCCCUUCCUUCAUUCAUAGACUUCAUCUUUCUUCCUCCAAUUAACAAAGAACAAUUACCCCAAGGAGUAUACGUUGGACAGCAAAUUCAACUCACUGUUUCUCUUUCUCUGCCAUCAAUACAUGAGGCCCUGAAAUCCUUGUCCUCCAAAGUCCCUUUAACUGCGUUGGUCGCAGAUCUUCUUGCAUUCCAAGCAUUGGAAUUUGCAAAGGAGUUCGGUGCCCUCUCCUAUUUUUACUUCCCUUUAUCAGCUAUGAUAUUGUUACUGUUGCUACACAUGCCAAAACUUGAUGAGGAAGUUUCAGGUGAGUACAAGGACCUAACAGAACCUAUAAAGUUACAAGGUUGUGUACCGAUUUUCGGGGUUGAUCUUCCUGAUCCAAUCCAAAAUCGAUCAAGCGAAUAUUAUCAGCACCUUCUUAAACGUUCCAAAGGAAUGCUUAUUACUGAUGGUAUUAUUAUCAACACCUUCUUAGAAAUGGAACCAGGUGCUAUAAGAGCAUUGGAAGAGUUGGGAAAUGGAAAAACCAGAUUCUACCCAGUUGGACCCAUUACGCAAAAAAGGUCAAUCGAAGAGACUGAUGAGUCUGAUAAGUGUUUGAGAUGGUUGGGCAAGCAGCCACCUUGUUCGGUGUUGUAUGUUUCUUUUGGAAGUGGUGGAACACUCUCUCAACACCAAAUCAAUCACUUAGCUUCGGGUUUGGAAUUGAGUGGUGAGAGGUUCUUAUGGGUUUUGAGAGCACCAAGUAAUUCAGCUAGUGCUGCUUACCUUGAGACUGAAAAUGAGGAUCCUUUGAAAUUUUUACCAAGUGGGUUUUUGGAAAGGACAGAGGAGAAAGGUUUGGUUGUGGCUUCAUGGGCACCUCAGGUACAGGUCCUUAGUCACAAUUCAGUUGGAGGGUUCCUAAGUCAUUGUGGUUGGAACUCGAUUUUGGAGAGUGUGCAAGAGGGAGUGCCUCUAAUAGCAUGGCCACUCUUUGCAGAGCAGAAGACAAAUGCAGUGAUGUUAGCCGAUGGACUCAAAGUUGCAUUGAGGCUAAAAGUUAAUGAGGAUGACAUAGUGGAAAAGGAGGAAAUUGCAAAGGUGAUAAAGUGUUUGAUGGAAGGGGAAGAAGGUAAAGGGAUAGCUGAAAGAAUGAGGAAUUUAAAAGAUUCUGCUGCUAAUGCAUUGAAAGAUGGCUCUUCAACACAGACCCUAUCUCAGUUGGCCAGUCAUUGGGAAUAUUUGAGUGGGAAUUAGGAAAAUUGUUUUACUUAGAUAGUUUUAUAUCUUGAUCUUGAUUUGUACAUUUCUACUUAGUCGUAUUUCGUUUGCUUAAUUUUCUGAACCUUUUUUCUUUGUGGUAACUGGGAGUAAAAUAGUCGUUGUGUGAUUCCUGAGAUCUGUCUGUUGCAUCUUUUACACGUGAGACAGACAUUUUAACUGUAAAGACAAACAUAAGCCAUUGACUGAACACACGAAAACAUAUUAAGUUACAUUAAUAGUUGCCUUACAUUUGCCUUACAAAGAAGUACCACAAAUUGAGUGAGUUCUUUUUCAAGUCUAAUUCAAAGGCACAAUUUCCAUUUA